UAUGGGUACAUAAGCAACUUUUCAUCACAUGACACUCAAGCAGCCGGAGUCAUGGAGGCACGACCGGGAGUUUUCCUCUUGUUGCUUGUGACAGUCCUACAAGCAGUAGUUGCGAGCAAAAAAGAAAUAAUUUGCGAAAACUCCAAAAAAACAUUGUCCUGCCCAUCAAACAAAGUAAUCAAGAUACAGCAGGCAAUAUAUGGUAGAUCUAAUAGAAGAACGUGCAAACAUCAACAUAUAAAAACAACUCGUUGUUCUACGAAGAAACCCAUGGGCAUCACAAGGAAGAAUUGUAAUGGGCGAAAAUCAUGUACUGUUGCUGCAAAUAACGGGUUGUAUGGUGAUCCUUGUCCUGGAACAUACAAAUACGUCUUUGUUUCCUAUUUCUGCAGAGGCACUACACGCAAGUGCAGGAGAAAAUGUCACAAAAAAGCCAAGUGUAUAAAUGGAAAAUGCGUAUGUAAAUCAAGAUACCAAGGUGACGGAGUUAGAUCUUGUAAAAUCAAGAAUGUUAAGACAUCAAGAUGCUUGAAAAAAUGUCACGGAAAAGCCAAGUGUAUAAAUCGAAAAUGCGUCUGUAAAUCAGGAUACCAAGGCGACGGAAUUAGAUCUUGUGUAAUCCGCAAAGUUAAGACCUCCAGAUGCUUGAGAAAAUGUCACAGAAAAGCCAAGUGUAUAAAACGAAAAUGCGUCUGUAAAUCAGGAUACCAAGGCGACGGAAUUAGAUCUUGUGUAAUCCGCAAAGACAAGACACAGAAAUGCAUGAGAAAAUGUCAUAAGAAAGCCAGAUGUAUAAAAGGAAAAUGCGUCUGUAAAGCCAGAUAUCAAGGCGACGGAGUUAGAUCUUGUACAAAAGGCAAAGAAUCAGGAUAUAUUGGUUGUUAUCAGGAUGACAGAAAAAGAAUAUUAUCCAAAAAAGUACUGAAGGACAAAGGUAUGACAGUUCAAAAAUGCAAACAGUUUUGUGGACAAAAAGGAUUCAAGUUUGCAGGUGUUGAGUAUGGAUACGAAUGCUUUUGCGGGGAUUCUAUACGAAAGGGCAGAAAAAGAAAGGAGCGUGACUGUAAAACCCCAUGCUCAGGGAAUAAACAACAGAUAUGUGGUGGUACAUGGAGGAUUUCUAUUUACUUAGUCAAGACAACAAAGUGCAGGAAAAAAUGUCAUAAAAAAGCAAAGUGUAUAAAAGGGAAAUGCGUCUGUAAAUCAAGAUACCAAGGUGACGGAGUUAGAUCUUGUAAAAAAGACAAGCAAUCAGGAUAUAUUGGUUGUUAUCAGGAUGACAGAAAAAGAAUAUUACCCAAAAAAGUACUGAAGGACAAAGGUAUGACAGUACAAAAAUGCAAACAGUUUUGUGGUAAAAAAGGAUUCAAGUUUGCAGGUGUUGAGUAUGGAUACGAAUGCUUUUGCGGGGAUUCUAUACGAAAGGGCAGCAAAAGAAAGGAGCGUGACUGUAAAACCCCAUGCUCAGGGAAUAAACAACAGAUAUGUGGUGGUACAUGGAGGAUUUCUAUUUACUUAGUCAAGACAACAAAGUGCAGGAAAAAAUGUCAUAAAAAAGCAAAGUGUAUAAAAGGAAAAUGCGUCUGUAAAUCAAGAUACCAAGGUGACGGAGUUAGAUCUUGUAAAAAAGACAAGCACAAGUGCAGGAAAAAAUGUCAUAAAAAGGCAAAGUGUAUAAAAGGGAAAUGUGUUUGUAAAUCAACAUACCAAGGUGACGGAGUUAGAUCUUGUAAAAAAGGCAAACAAUCAGGAUAUAUUGGUUGUUAUCAGGAUGACAGAAAAAGAAUAUUACCCCAAAAAGUACUGAAGGACAAAGGUAUGACAGUUCAAAAAUGCAAACAGUUUUGUGGUCAAAAAGGAUUCAAGUUUGCAGGUGUUGAGUAUGGAUACGAAUGCUUUUGCGGGGAUUCUAUACGAAAGGGCGGAAAAAGAAAGGAGCGUGACUGUAAAACCCCAUGCUCAGGGAAUAAACAACAGAUAUGUGGUGGUACAUGGAGGAUUUCUAUUUACUUAGUCAAGACAACAAAGUGCAGGAAAAAAUGUCAUAAAAAAGCAAAGUGUAUAAAAGGAAAAUGCGUCUGUAAAUCAAGAUACCAAGGUGACGGAGUUAGAUCUUGUAAAAAAGACAAGCACAAGUGCAGGAAAAAAUGUCAUAAAAAGGCAAAGUGUAUGAAAGGGAAAUGUGUUUGUAAAUCAAAAUACCAAGGUGACGGAGUUAGAUCUUGUAAAAAAGGCAAACAAUCAGGAUAUAUUGGUUGUUAUCAGGAUGAUAGAAAAAGAAUAUUACCCAAAAAAGUACUGAAGGACAAAGGUAUGACAGUUCAAAAAUGCAAACAGUUUUGUGGUCAAAAAGGAUUCAAGUUUGCAGGUGUUGAGUAUGGAUACGAAUGCUUUUGCGGGGAUUCUAUACGAAAGGGCAGAAAAAGAAAGGAGCAUGACUGUAAAACCCCAUGCUCAGGGAAUAAACAACAGAUAUGUGGUGGUACAUGGAGGAUUUCUAUUUACUUAGUCAAGACAACAAAGUGCAGGAAAAAAUGUCAUAAAAAAGCAAAGUGUAUAAAAGGAAAAUGCGUCUGUAAAUCAAGAUACCAAGGUGACGGAGUUAGAUCUUGUAAAAAAGGCAAACAAUCAGGAUAUAUUGGUUGUUAUCAGGAUGACAGAAAAAGAAUAUUACCCAAAAAAGUACUGAAGGACAAAGGUAUGACAGUUCAAAAAUGCAAACAGUUUUGUGGUAAAAAAGGAUUCAAGUUUGCAGGUGUUGAGUAUGGAUACGAAUGCUUUUGCGGGGAUUCUAUACGAAAAGGCAGAAAAAGAAAGGAGCGUGACUGUAAAACCCCAUGCUCAGGGAAUAAACAACAGAUAUGUGGUGGUACAUGGAGAAUUUCUAUUUACUUAGUCAAGACAACAAAGUGCAGGAAAAAAUGUCAUAAAAAAGCAAAGUGUAUAAAAGGAAAAUGCGUCUGUAAAUCAAGAUACCAAGGUGACGGAGUUAGAUCUUGUAAAAAAGACAAGCAAUCAGGAUAUAUUGGUUGUUAUCAGGAUGACAGAAAAAGAAUAUUACCCAAAAAAGUACUGAAGGACAAAGGUAUGACAGUUCAAAAAUGCCAACAGUUUUGUGGACAAAAAGGAUUCAAGUUUGCAGGUGUUGAAUAUGGAUACGAAUGCUUUUGUGGGGAUUCUAUACGAAAGGGCAGAAAAAGAAAGGAACGUGACUGUAAAACGCCAUGCUCAGGGAAUAAACAACAGAUAUGUGGUGGUACAUGGAGGAUUUCUAUUUAUACAGGCAAACCAAAUAAUUGUAACAAAAAAUGUCACAAAAAUGGUCAAUGCAAAAAAGGACGAUGUAGAUGUAAAAGAGGAUACACAGGCGAUGGCGUUAACGUUUGUUCCAAAAGCUGUACAUGUUCAGCGACCGGCGAUCCACAUUACAGAUCUUUCGACGGACAAUUAUUACAUUUCAUGGGAACAUGUAAAUAUACUUUGUCUCAAUAUGUUAAUCCAAUCAGUACAUGCAGAUUUCAUGUUCAAGUCAAGAAUGAAAACAGAGGAAACAAACGAGUCUCCUUUACAAGAUCUGUUCAUGUUGUCGUCAGAAACACAAAGAUUGACUUGUUAAAGAAUAGAUUUGUCAAGGUGGAUGGAAUUAAAAGAUAUUUACCAUAUAAAACUGGAUAUUUCAGUAUCAUAACUUCAGGACGUUAUGUGAGACUAAAAACUACAUGUAACGUCUUAAUUACAUGGGACGGGAAAAGCGCAGUAACCAUAUCGGUACCAAGUCAUUUCAGCCAGAAUUUAAUUGGCUUGUGUGGAAAUUGUAAUGGCAUUAAAGAUGAUUUUAAAACAAAAGAUGGUUUGGACGUGCGCAGAAAACCGAACAAGUUUACGCUUAUUGGUGAAAGUUACAUGAUUCAAGAGGGCAAUGGCAAAAAGUGUGGCGUAACAUCCCCGCCGGAUCCUUGUACUUCAGCACUGAGAAACAAAGCGAGUAGAAACUCCGCCUGUGGGCAGUUGAAUCCAGCUAACCCAAGCAGCCCGUUCAAAGACUGCUCACAAGAAAACACGGCAUUAGUUCAAGACAUAUAUGACACUUGUGUAUAUGACUACUGUGCAUACAGUGAUCAACCAGAUAUAUUAAAUACAGUUGUUUGCGAAGCUGCUGAAGGCCUAGAGGAAAGAUGUGAAAACAUGGGUUUUGAUAUAUCAUGGAGAACAAAACGAUUUUGUCCUUUAAUAUGUGAAGACAACAUGAGAUACAGUAGUGCAGUAAGCGGAUGUCCAGCCACAUGUGUUGAUCUAGAUGCCCCCAAAACAUGCAAACUGCCCCCAUCAGAAGGAUGUCAGUGUAAAAAAGGAUUUGUACUCAGUGACAACACAUGUAUACCAAAAGCUCAGUGUGGUUGUAGGCUACCUACCGGUGAAUACUAUCCAAUUGAUUCAGAAAUUACAUCCAGAGAUUGUAGGACGGUGUCCAGAUGCAUUGCUACAAAAUCGGGUAACGCAAAAAUGCAAGUCAUUAGACGGCAAAAAUGUCACAGGAAUGCACAAUGUAAAUUACUCAAUGGCGUUUUUGAUUGUGCUUGCGAAGAAGGUUUCAAAGGAGACGGAAUCAAACAAUGCAAAGGGAGGCCAGCACCUGGAACAGAAAAAGUGAUAUGCGAGGGUUCAAAAAGUAGAAUUACAUGUCCAGGGAAGAAAACAAUACGAAUUAUAGAAGCAACAUAUGGGAGAACUGACAUGAGCACAUGCAAAGACCCAAGAGUGAAAACGACAUCAUGUUCCUCUAACAAACCAUUACCUAUAAUAAGAAAAAACUGCGAAGGAAUAAAAUCAUGCAUGGUAUCAGCAAAUAACGGUUUGUACGGCGAUCCUUGUGGAGGAACCUACAAAUACGUUACUGUUCGAUACGUCUGCGAAGAAACAGGACCCAAGUGUGGAUCAACGGUUUGUCAUCCAGAUGCAAAAUGUCACAGAGGUCGAUGUGUAUGCAAAAAGGGGUUUGUCGGGGAUGGUAUCAAUAGCUGCACAGGGACCUGUACCUGUGUUGCUAGUGGAGAUCCACAUUAUAAGAGUUUUGAUGGCCAAGUCAUUCACUUUAUGGGAAUAUGUACUUAUACCAUGGUCAAAUCAACAUCCAUUGAUAAAUGUGGUGGUUUUGAAGUUCAAGUGCAAAAUGAACACCGUGGAUCAAACACAAAAGUCUCCUUUACGCAAUAUGUUUUGGUCAAGUUAGCAGAUGCUACAAUUCGGCUAGAUAAAAAUAACGUCGUUUUUGUAAAUGACGUUCAAGUUUAUACUCCAUAUUCUGGUACAAACUUUGAAAUAAGGACUUCUGGUAGAUAUGUACGGCUGCAAACAAAAUGUAACAUAUUGAUAACAUGGAAUGGUGUCGGUACUGUGGCAGUCUCCAUUCCAAAGACAUAUUCGGGAAUUGUAACUGGUCUUUGUGGUGAUUGCAACGGAAAGAAAGAUGAUUUCAGAACAGCAACUGGUGAGGAUGUUAGUCUGAAGAAAGAUAAAUUCGAACUUAUUGGAAAAAGCUACACAGUUCCAGGAAUCUAUGAAAUACAGGAUAACAAGUGUGUUGUUGGUCCUGUAAUGGAAGAACCAUGUUCUCCCGAACAGUCUGGAAAAGCCGCUGACGACAAAUACUGUGGUUUAUUGAAUCCUAAAAAUGUAAAAAGUCCAUUCAUGUCUUGUGCGAACAAAGAUAUGGAUAUGGCCAAGGAUUUAUAUGAGUCCUGUUUAUAUGAUUACUGUAGUAUAGAAGGGUCGCCUUAUCUGGAACAAUUUAUUUGUGAAUUUUUGGAGGGAUUCGAAGAACAAUGCGAAGACAUGGGAUUAUCAAUAACUUGGCGGAAAAAAGAUUUGUGUCGACUCACAUGCCCAGUGAACAUGGACUAUACUUCUUCUGGGAGUGGAUGUCCAGCAACUUGUGUUGACCCAGAUGCUCCACUAACAUGCAGAUUACCAAAUACUGAAGGCUGUCAAUGUAAAAAAGGAUUUCUCCUGAGUGGAAAUAAAUGUGUGCCCAAAGAACAAUGUGGAUGCCGUGGACCAGAAGGAGAAUACUAUCCCCUUGGAAAACAAUUUACUUCAUCAGACUGCACAAUUGUAACCAAGUGUUCCAGUGAAAACGGGAAACCGACUAUGACAGUUGUUAAAAAUCAAAUUUGUCAUAAAAAUGCUAAAUGUCGUCUUAGAAGAGGCCAAUAUAGAUGUAUCUGUAGAAAGAAGUUCAAUGGAAAUGGUGUUGAUGUAUGCACACCUAAAUGUAAACGAAAGUGUAAAAUCAAUGAAAAGUGUGUCAAAGGAAACUGCAGAUGCGAGAAAGGUUUAGUCAGGACAAAACUGGGAACAUGCAAAAAAAAGAUACCUUGUAAGCCAAAGUGUAAGAAUGGAUUUGUAUGUAGCCUGCUCGGAAAAUGCAGACCAAAAGGAUGUAAACGAAAGUGUAGAAUCAAUGAAAGGUGUGUUAAAGGAAAAUGCCGAUGCAAGCGAGGUACCUUCAGGACAAAACUAGGAACAUGUAAGAGAAAGAUACCGUGUACACGAAAAUGUAAGAGUGGAUUCGUUUGUAGCUUCCUUGGAAAAUGCAGACCAAAAGGAUGUAAACGAAAGUGUAGAAUCAAUGAAAGGUGUGUUAAAGGAAAAUGCCGAUGCAAGCGAGGUACCUUCAGGACAAAACUAGGAACAUGUAAGAGAAAGAUACCGUGUACACCAAAAUGUAAGAGUGGAUUCGUUUGUAGCUUCCUUGGAAAAUGCAGACCAAAAGGAUGUAAACGAAAGUGUAGAAUCAAUGAAAGGUGUGUUAAAGGAAAAUGCCGAUGCAAGCGAGGUACCUUCAGGACAAAACUAGGAACAUGUAAGAGAAAGAUACCGUGUACACCAAAAUGUAAGAGUGGAUUCGUUUGUAGCUUCCUUGGAAAAUGCAGACCAAAAGGAUGUAAACGAAAGUGUAGAAUCAAUGAAAGGUGUGUUAAAGGAAAAUGCCGAUGCAAGCGAGAUACCUUCAGGACAAAACUAGGAACAUGUAAGAGAAAGAUACCGUGUACACGAAAAUGUAAGAAUGGAUUCGUUUGUAGCUUCCUUGGAAAAUGCAGACCAAAAGGAUGUAAACGAAAGUGUAGAAUCAAUGAAAGGUGUGUUAAAGGAAAAUGCCGAUGCAAGCGAGAUACCUUCAGGACAAAACUAGGAACAUGUAAGAGAAAGAUACCGUGUACACGAAAAUGUAAGAGUGGAUUCGUUUGUAGCUUCCUUGGAAAAUGCAGACCGAAAGGAUGUAAACGAAAGUGUAGAAUCAAUGAAAGGUGUGUUAAAGGAAAAUGCCGAUGCAAGCGAGGUACCUUCAGGACAAAACUAGGAACAUGUAAGAGAAAGAUACCGUGUACACGAAAAUGUAAGAGUGGAUUCGUUUGUAGCUUCCUUGGAAAAUGCAGACCAAAAGGAUGUAAACGAAAGUGUAGAAUCAAUGAAAGAUGUGUUAAAGGAAAAUGCCGAUGCAAGCGAGGUACCUUCAGGACAAAACUAGGAACAUGUAAGAGAAAGAUACCGUGUACACGAAAAUGUAAGAGUGGAUUCGUUUGUAGCUUCCUUGGAAAAUGCAGACCAAAAGGAUGUAAACGAAAGUGUAGAAUCAAUGAAAAGUGUGUUAAAGGAAAAUGCCGAUGCAAGCGAGGUACCUUCAGGACAAAACUAGGAACAUGUAAGAGAAAGAUACCGUGUACACCAAAAUGUAAGAGUGGAUUCGUUUGUAGCUUCCUUGGAAAAUGCAGACCAAAAGGAUGUAAACGAAAGUGUAGAAUCAAUGAAAAGUGUGUUAAAGGAAAAUGCCGAUGCAAGCGAGGUACCUUCAGGACAAAACUAGGAACAUGUAAGAGAAAGAUACCGUGUACACCAAAAUGUAAGAGUGGAUUCGUUUGUAGCUUCCUUGGAAAAUGCAGACCAAAAGGAUGUAAACGAAAGUGUAGAAUCAAUGAAAAGUGUGUUAAAGGAAAAUGCCGAUGCAAGCGAGGUACCUUCAGGACAAAACUAGGAACAUGUAAGAGAAAGAUACCGUGUACACGAAAAUGUAAGAGUGGAUUCGUUUGUAGCUUCCUUGGAAAAUGCAGACCAAAAGGAUGUAAACGAAAGUGUAGAAUCAAUGAAAAGUGUGUUAAAGGAAAAUGCCGAUGCAAGCGAGGUACCUUCAGGACAAAACUAGGAACAUGUAAGAGAAAGAUACCGUGUACACGAAAAUGUAAGAGUGGAUUCGUUUGUAGCUUCCUUGGAAAAUGCAGACCAAAAGGAUGUAAACGAAAGUGUAGAAUCAAUGAAAGGUGUGUUAAAGGAAAAUGCCGAUGCAAGCGAGGUACCUUCAGGACAAAACUAGGAACAUGUAAGAGAAAGAUACCGUGUACACCAAAAUGUAAGAGUGGAUUCGUUUGUAGCUUCCUUGGAAAAUGCAGACCAAAAGGAUGUAAACAAAAGUGUAGAAUCAAUGAAAGGUGUGUUAAAGGAAAAUGCCGAUGCAAGCGAGGUACCUUCAGGACAAAACUAGGAACAUGUAAGAGAAAGAUACCGUGUACACGAAAAUGUAAGAGUGGAUUCGUUUGUAGCUUCCUUGGAAAAUGCAGACCAAAAGGAUGUAAACGAAAGUGUAGAAUCAAUGAAAGGUGUGUUAAAGGAAAAUGCCGAUGCAAGCGAGGUACCUUCAGGACAAAACUAGGAACAUGUAAGAGAAAGAUACCGUGUACACGAAAAUGUAAGAAUGGAUUCGUUUGUAGCUUCCUUGGAAAAUGCAGACCAAAAGGAUGUAAACGAAAGUGUAGAAUCAAUGAAAAGUGUGUUAAAGGAAAAUGCCGAUGCAAGCGAGGUACCUUCAGGACAAAACUAGGAACAUGUAAGAGAAAGAUACCGUGUACACCAAAAUGUAAGAGUGGAUUCGUUUGUAGCUUCCUUGGAAAAUGCAGACCAAAAGGAUGUAAACGAAAGUGUAGAAUCAAUGAAAAGUGUGUUAAAGGAAAAUGCCGAUGCAAGCGAGGUACCUUCAGGACAAAACUAGGAACAUGUAAGAGAAAGAUACCGUGUACACGAAAAUGUAAGAGUGGAUUCGUUUGUAGCUUCCUUGGAAAAUGCAGACCAAAAGGAUGUAAACAAAAGUGUAGAAUCAAUGAAAGGUGUGUUAAAGGAAAAUGCCGAUGCAAGCGAGGUACCUUCAGGACAAAACUAGGAACAUGUAAGAGAAAGAUACCGUGUACACGAAAAUGUAAGAGUGGAUUCGUUUGUAGCUUCCUUGGAAAAUGCAGACCAAAAGGAUGUAAACGAAAGUGUAGAAUCAAUGAAAGGUGUGUUAAAGGAAAAUGCCGAUGCAAGCGAGGUACCUUCAGGACAAAACUAGGAACAUGUAAGAGAAAGAUACCGUGUACACGAAAAUGUAAGAAUGGAUUCGUUUGUAGCUUCCUUGGAAAAUGCAUACCAAAAGGAUGUAAACGAAAGUGUAGAAUCAAUGAAAGGUGUGUUAAAGGAAAAUGCCGAUGCAAGCGAGGUACCUUCAGGACAAAACUAGGAACAUGUAAGAGAAAGAUACCGUGUACACGAAAAUGUAAGAGUGGAUUCGUUUGUAGCUUCCUUGGAAAAUGCAGACCAAAAGGAUGUAAACGAAAGUGUAGAAUCAAUGAAAGGUGUGUUAAAGGAAAAUGCCGAUGCAAGCGAGGUACCUUCAGGACAAAACUGGGAACAUGUAAGAGAAAGAUACCGUGUACACCAAAAUGUAAGAGUGGAUUCGUUUGUAGCUUCCUUGGAAAAUGCAGACCAAAAGGAUGUAAACGAAAGUGUAGAAUCAAUGAAAGGUGUAUUAAAGGAAAAUGCCGAUGCAAGAAAGGAACCUUCAGGACAAAACUAGGAACAUGUAAGAAGCGAUGUAAUGUUAAUAGUUGUGGAAUCAACGCAGUCUGUGUCAAAAGGAGAUAUUGUAGAUGUAAAAUGGGAUAUGCUGGUCAUCCAAAAACAUUAUGUGAAGAGGUAAAAGAAUGUAUCAAAAAUGCAAAAGGAAAUGACUACAUUGGAAAAAUGAGUACAACAGAAUCUGGUAGAACAUGUCAGGCAUGGAAUAAACAAACACCGCACCGUCACAGCAAAUUGAAUGUUGGAGAUGCUAAAAACUACUGUAGGAAUCCGGAUAACGAACCAAGGCCAUGGUGUUAUACAACAGAUAGGAGGAAACGUUGGGAAUUUUGUAGAAUUCCUAUUUGUGGUGCACCAAAACCACCAUGUGGUAGUGUGGUAAUAAUGGCAUGUCAUUCAGAUCGUAAACACAGAACGGAAUGUCGUGUUCCAAACGCUGAGAGAAUUAAUUAUAUUGAACUUAAAAGUGGCGAGGAUAAUCCGUCUUGCACAUUUGGUGUUAACUAUGGUUUCUACGGAGUGACGUUAUGGUCAAUAGAAAGUUGCCGGGAAAAAUUUAAAGUUUGCUUUACUCCAAAGAAUCGUGUUCCAAUACUUCCUCCUCCAGAAGAAUGUCGCAAUACUGAAAAGGGGGAGGACUAUGUUGGAAAAUGGAGUAAAACCGAAACUGGGAAGAAUUGUCAGAGAUGGGACCAACAAUAUCCACAUCAACAUGCUUUCUAUCUUGAUGGAAAAGAUUCUGAAAAUUACUGUAGAAAUUUUGACGGUUCUGAAAGACCUUGGUGUUAUACAGAGGAUCCUUACACUGAGAGAGAAUAUUGUGCUAUACAUAAAUGUGCACCUGAAGAUCCAGGGGAUGUAGAUGAAUGUCGAAAAUCUACAAAGGGUACGGAAUACAAAGGUCGAAUUAGUUUGACACAAACUGGGCGUACCUGUCAGUAUUGGGAACGGCAAUAUCCACAAAAACACAGGUUUAAAAAGCUUAAAACGGAACAUAAUUACUGUAGAAAUCCUGACAACAGCGGACAACCAUGGUGUUAUACGAAUGAUCCAACCAAACGCUGGGAAUAUUGUAAGAUACCUAUUUGUGAUAUGUACUAA